ACUUUUAAGUUUGACACACACACACAAGCAGAGAUAAACGGGGGCAAAACAAACUACACCUGUUUUUUUUCCAAUCCAACUCCCUCUCUCUUCCCCAACACAUUUAUCUUUCCUUACUCGAUCUCUCUUUCUCUCUCUUCCUACUUUCCAUUCCGCCAUCCCUCGCAAUCUAUCCCUCCCGCUCCCCGGCGAUCUACGCCCUUCGGCCGCCGCCGCUCCCAUUGCCGCCGGCUAGGGUUUCGGUGUCUUCUGCUCUUAAUUCGUUCGCUGUAUGCUCGUCGGCUUUGCAGUUAGGGUUUCGCUUACGGGAGGUUUCCAGAAUCGAAGCUCAUAACUGUCAGAUUCGGUCAGUGGUUGGGAGGAAGAUGAUGAAUUAGGUUUACGGGAUUGAUGUCAGGAGAACUACGGGGAAGUUGAGUUUCUGUGGCUGCUUGGCGAUUAGGUUUUUUUUUUUUGUGUAUUUUGGAUUUGGAAUCGGGGAGAGUCGAGUUCUUAGUGUUUCGCGAUGCCGAGGAGUUCGCGCCACAAGUCGAGCAAGCACAGUUCGAAGGAUGCGAAGGAGAAGGACUACUCGGAUUCGGAGAAGGAGACAAGUUUGAAGGAGCGGAAGUCGAAGGAGGAGAGCGGUUCCGCUAGGGUUUUGAAGGAGUCCGCUGGCUCCGGGGAGAAGCGGAAAUUGGAUUUGAAGGAGAAUAAGGAUGGUGUUGGCACUGGAAACGGGGAAUAUGCGGAGGAAUAUUCUUCUUCCUCGAAGCGACGGAAGGACAGAGUGGAGGAUGGUGGGAGCGACAGGUGGAAUGGCGGGGAGGAUGGUAAGGGCGAAGUGUCCAAGAAGUUGAAGGAGAAGUUGAGCAGCAAGCGGCGGGAAGAGAGUUCGAGGAGAGAUGAAAAUGUUGGAAACGGUGCUGGUGAGAGCGAAGAGGUAGUUGGGAGAAGGAGCAGCGGAAAGAGUGAAGGGAAGCAUAAGGAGUCGAGUAGCCGAAAGGAUGGGGCUGAUAGGGACAAGGACAGAGAAAGGGAUAGGGAAAGGGAAAGAGACAGGGAGAGGAAGGGUAGAGAGUCAAGGAGCGAGAAGUUGAUUGAUGGUGAGGACUUGCGUUCUGGAAAGCAGGUCUCUGAAAAAACUGCUGUAGUGCUCAAAGACACAUUGCACGACCCAGAGCCUGAAAACAUACCUGAGAAACGCACUAGGAGAAAGAGAGAUGGUUCUGGUGAUGGUGAUAAGUACCAGGAUGAUGUUACCAAGGAUGGAAGAUGUAGAGAUAAGAACCAUGAAGGUGAAACUAGGCAUCGGGAUGACAAGCAAAGAGAUGACCGCGCUUCAAGAGAUCAUAUAAAUAGCAAGCACUCUAGGGAUGAGCAAGAGGGUACAGGUUCCCGACACAAGAAAUCUAAGCCUCAGGACAUUGAGUGUGACCGCGAUCGGGAUAGUGAUUAUGAUCGUGACUGUGAUCAUGAUAUUGGCCGUGACCGCGGUUAUGAGCGGGGAAGGGACAGUGACCGUCACCGCGAGCGAGUUCGUGAUCGGGAUCGAGAUAGAGAUAGAGACCGGGAUUAUGAUUCAUUGUAUGUUGAUGAUAGAAGAGAUAGGAACAGAGAAAGCAGGUCUAGGAAGAGGUCUCCUGAUGAUCUUGAUGAUGAUGCAAAAUUGAGAAGUAGUAAAGGAUCCUAUGCAGAUGCGGAUAAUAAAUUUUCAAUUGGCAGUAGGAUUGAAGGAGAUGCUGACAGGGGAAGGUCUCAGUCACGCCAAUCACACCAUGAAAAUUUCAGUGGAAGCAGGAGGAGAGCUUCACCAGUCAUCAGUUCUCAGGGUGCUGCAGAUGAAUAUAGGUAUGCAAAAGCAGAAGAUGUGAGGUACAGAGAUGAUGGGCCAGAGCAGAGGCUCAGAACAAAUAAUUCGAGAGAUGCUAGUUUGUUUUCUGGAGGAUCGGAUAGAUCUUCCAAGCUAAGAUCCUCUGAGAAACCUGUGAAAAUGGAUGAUGGCCACUCGACGGAGCCGUUGGAGAGAACCACUAGCUCCAAAGCUUCACCGAUGGGACUUGUGGAAAGAUCUCCAUCGUCGACUAGCCUCGAGCGUAGAUAUAUGGGCAGAAAUAAUGUUAGAAGGAGCCUUGAGAUUGACGAGUCAGGAAGAAGGAACAGUGGGUCGAUGGGAGCUAGAGAUGUGCCUUCUAUUGAAGACAGAUCAGUUCGGGAUUUGCCAAUGGACAAAGAAGAUUCCAGUUUAAAUGGUUCUUCCUUUUACAAUAGAUCUAGUCAGCCCAAUUCCCAUUUGAAUCCUCCCCCGCCAUCCAUCAGGGGCGGGGUUAGUAGCCCUUCCUUUUUGGGUUCAUUUGAUGAUGAUGGUAGGCUCAACACCAACAGUGGUCGCUACAAGAGGACCGGCGAUCUCAACAUGGGACGAGGUCAAGUAAAUGCCUGGAGGGGUGCCCCAAAUUGGCCUUCACCUCUGCCUAAUGGCUUCAUCCCUUUUCAACAUGGACCUCAUCAUGGGGGCUUUCCGCCUAUGCUGUCUCCUUUUCCAAAUCCAUCUUUGUUUGUUAGACCCUCAAUGGAGCUAAGCCAUUCUGGUAUCCCUUAUCAUAUAACAGAUGCUGACAGGUUUUCUGGUCAUCUGCGUCCUCUUGGAUGGCAGAACAUAAUGGAUGGAUCGGGUUCUUCUCACUUGCAUGGAUGGGAUGGCGGUAGCAAUGGUAUAUUUAGGGAUGAUGGCCAUAUGUUUGGUGGUCCAGAAUGGAACCAGAAUAGGCAUGCGAUGAAUGGUCAUGGAUGGGAUUCGAGUACGGAUAUCUGGAAAGGACAAAACGGUGAUAUCACCACAGACUUGACCUCAAAGUCUUUGAAGGAGGACAACAAAGUUCAGGCUUCUGUUGAUGAUAGCUCUGGUGUACUGGGAGCAGGUCAAAAGUUGCAGAAUGAAACUUGUAAUAAGGAUGGUUCCAAGGGAAAAGCAGUUGAAAGUAAACCUUCUGUUGUGUUAGCAGUCAAAGAAUCUUCUAGAUCUCAUCCCAAGACAACUUCCCAGCAGAGGAUUGCCGCUGACCCUCCUAAAACUUCGAGUGAAGACCGCUUCAGUAAUUUUAUCAAUGCCUAUCUACCUAAGGUGGACAUUUCCAGUGAACUUGCUAGUUCGGAUCUGUAUAGUAAGUGUAUGGGAUUGUUGAAGGUUGAAGUUAACGCAUCUGUUGAUGAAGAUGCUGAUGUGCUGAUAAAUUUGAAGGAUGGUGCGAGAGCAGUGCCUAAAAAUUCCAGUGUAUUCUUCAGUAACGCGCUCUUUCCUGCAUCUAGUGAUUCGAUAUUCAAGAGAGCCAUGGACAUCUACAAGAAGCAGAGAGCAAGUGGUAUGCCAUGUAUACAAGGGGGAAUAAUAGAUGCCAUACAAGCAUCAUCUGAGUCGAAGGAGGAGGAGCAGCAAUCCAUUACCCUUAAAGACGGGGAGAAAGUCGAGGAACCUCUCACUUCCAACCUCGGCAUAGAAGUGGCUGAUGCACCACCGGUCUUCAACGUGGAACAAAAAGUUCCUGGUGGUGAUGUUUCGAUGGUUUCUACUGAGGAGGUCAAGAUGGACGAGAUCGUAGCAACAACUCCUACAGAAGAGGUGGUUCCUGUUUGUGUUGAUGAUAUCCCUGCACAUAAUUUAGAGUCUGUGGGUGAAGAAGCUCCUCCUCCUAGCUCUGACGCGCAGGGGAAUAAUCCAUCGGAAUGCAUGGUCGGUGGUGAGUUGAAGGUAGAUGAAGAAGAAGAAAGGCUGUCUGAUACCCCGAUGUCAGAGGGCUCUCUACCGGAUAAUCCCCCUCGAGGAGGUUCCGCUUUGCCUACCGGUGGUCAGGUGGAGAGCGAUGAAGGUAAUAGCGGCAGCACAGAUAAAAAUGUCGAAGAAGAAAAGAUGGAGGUGAGAGUUGGGGAAUGCUCUGCAGGCGGGGGUUCUUUAGUUUUAGUGGAAGAUGAUGAUGGAUGUUCUUCCAGGGCAACUGAGGGAUUGAUGCCUGGGGGUACGAAUGAGUCUGAUGAGUCGGUGUUAUUAAGUCGGAUACAUCAUUCUCCUGAAAGUACACAUUGAGACUAAUAUUUCUAUGUUCACAUCUUUUCUUUCCUUUCAGAAGUCCCCUUUCCCUUUUUCACUUCUCCUGCUCUUCUCCCCAUUUUUGUUUUUGUUGCUCUUUUAGCCGAGGAAAUAAAACUGUUUCUUCCCUGCUGGUAGGCGGGGAGGUCAAUCUUUCUGGUUCUCUUCCAGUGAUCUUUUCAGUUUUGCAGCUUGGCGGCAGCAUUUCGGCUUCAGGGCAGCUCCAGUUGACAGGUAAAAAGGCAGGGUAGGGACUAGGAGGCAAAUCGCGGCAGCAGUUGCCACACGCGCGAGCCUAAGUUAGUGAAAUUUGGGCCCUUGGUCUCGGUUGCAUUGAAUUUUUAGUCAAUGUGAAUUGUGAUGGACUGAUUAUUCGAUUCUGAAACUUAUUCAUAAAGUAACCA